CUAUGCACUUGUGAUCAAAAUCUCCAGCAAGUUCUCCGAGAAAUCAUCGAAAACAUUACACCAUCAUCCUCGAAAGAUUUCUCCGAGUUGUUCUGUUUUUUGCCUGACUUAUAUUUAUUUACAAACAAACACGCAAUAUCUGCAUGCGCGAACAGUGAAAUAUUCAUAAUAAUGCAGAACUCAGUUAACAAAAAGGGCUAUGACAGAAUGGUGAAGAUAGAUUCGACAGAUGAAGAAUUAGAAUAUUCAUUUCGCAUAAGCAGCGUGACAAUUGAUAAUGCAAACGAUUUACAUCAUUCGCAUGAAGAUAUUGUUUCUCCGAUAUCAGUUGAUAAUCAUACGUCCUCUUCCUCGCCUCCGCCUGCGGUGCCUUCAUGGGACAAGUCAUUGGCCACGUCACCGAUAGCGAAAUCUCCGUGGUCAUCUCAUGUUGAGGAGCCUCAGGUGCAAGAAGAUAGUUAUAAGUACACGGGCCUUAUGGGGUCGCUUGUUCGCGAGGAAGGCCAUAUUUAUUCAUUGGCAGCGACAGGGGAUUUGUUGUACACGGGGUCUGACAGUAAGAACAUUCGGGUAUGGAAAAAUCAGAAGGAGUUCUCGGGGUUUAAAUCUAAUAGCGGACUGGUUAAGGCGAUUAUUAUUGCAGGUGAGAAGAUUUUCACGGGUCAUCAAGAUGGUAAAAUUCGUUUGUGGAGAGUCUCGUCUAAGAAUCCAAGUAUUCAUAAACGGGUGGGAUCUUUGCCAACAUUUAAAGCUGUGUUUAAAAGCUCCAUGAAUCCUAGUAGCUACAGGAGAAGCCGGAAUGUGAUAUGGCUUAAACAUUUUGAUGCCAUUUCGUGCCUAAGCUUAAAUGAAGAUAAAACACUAUUGUACUCGGCUUCUUGGGACAGAACAAUUAAAGUUUGGAGAGUUUCCAAUUCAAAAUGCUUAGAAUCUGUUAAUGCUCAUGAGGAUGCUGUCAAUUCGGUGGUUGCAGGCUUUGAUGGGCUCGUAUUUACAGGAUCAGCUGAUGGAACCGUUAAGGUAUGGCGUCGUGAGUUGCAAGGAAAAGGCACCAAGCAUUUUUUCUCACAGACAUUGUUGAAACAAGAAUGUGCUGUGACAGCAUUGGCUGUUGAUCCUCUUGCUUCAUACCUAUAUUGUGGAUCAUCAGACGGCGUUGUUAAUUUUUGGGAACGUGCUAGCUUUUUGUCACACGGGGGAGUACUAAGGGGGCAUAAGCUUGCAGUUCUGUGUUUAGCUUCAUCUAGUAACCUGAUAUUUAGCGGAUCAGCUGAUACAAAUAUAUGUGUCUGGAUUAGAGAUGGAGAAGGCAUUCAUACGUGUUUGUCGGUGUUGAGUGGUCAUACUGGACCAGUAAAAUGUUUGGCAGUUGAGGAUGAUAGAGAACAGCAAUUUGGUGGUGAUAGGCGGUGGGUUGUUUACAGUGGGAGUUUGGACAAGUCGGUGAAGAUCUGGAGGGUGUCCGCGAAUAUGGCUCCUAUACAAAACCCCCAGCAAAAAGAUCAACCACCAUUUGUUCCUUCUGUCCAACACUUCAGCAGACCCUGUCAGAAGAACUAGUUGGUAAGAAGACAAAAAGUUCAUUGCAGCAGCAACUGUAAGUAGUUUCAUCUGACAUGUCUAGAAGUUGUGAUUGUACAUUGUAAUUAUCUAC